GUGUGUGUGUGUGUGUGUGUGUUUGUUUUUAGCGGAAGCGGCGCGAAGCCGACAGUAUAUGUGCUCAGAUCUGCCGAGAUUAGAUCGUAAACGUCCGUCUGCGGAGUUUCGACUUCUGAAUGAGUGUGUGCAUGUGAUCGCGUGGCCCCCGAACCCAAACAGCGGCAACCUGCUCAGAUCAAAACAUACCCAGAGCAGCGACAAAUCGCAGAGAUAGCCUCCGGAAAGGCAUCUGCGCAGAUGUAUGCUGGAUUUCUUAGUAAUUAACUCGUCCGCAUUUCAGAAGAAAAAAGUCAUCAAGUUUGCGUAUUACAGAAAUUCUCUUUAACAAUGGCUUGCCCGGAAACGCAUCCUUUUUCAACAGAAGCACCGAAUUGUGAUACCACAUCUUCGCUUCAGCUGAAGAAAGGCACGUUGAUUUUCCUGGACAUCUUACGAAGAGCUGACAAGAAUGAUGAUGGCAAGCUGUCCUUUGAUGAAUUCAAGGCUUACUUUACUGAUGGAAUCCUGACCACAGAGGAGAUGCGUGAUUUGUUUCAUACCAUUGACAGCAGUCACUUCGACAACCUCAACAUUGAAAAAAUAUGUGAGUUCUUUUCUCAACAUUUAGGAGAGUAUGAAAAUGUCUUGGCAGCUCUAGAGGAUUUAAAUAUUUCUAUAUUAAAAGCAAUGGACAAGACUAAGAAAAAGUCGCUGCAUCUGAGCACGCUGCCAUCUUUCCUUAAGGAAUAUCAGAAUUCGAGUAAUUUGGAACAGUUUGUGACUCGUCUUCUGCUGAAGGAAACCAUAAAUCAGUUUCAGUCUUUGCAGAAUUCCUUGGAAUGUGCCAUGGAAACAACAGAGGAGCAAACUCGCCAGGAAAGACAAGGUCCCGUGAAACCAGAGGUACUUUCAAUUAACUGGUCAGGGAAACGUUCCGUUCGAAAACUUAAGAGAAAUAAUAGCCUGUCUCCAAAUAAUACCAACUUCAGCAUCUUAAAUUCAGAUGAGGAUACACAGUGGGUAACCCAGAUAAAUAGGCUUCAAAAGCUAAUUGAUCGCCUGGAAAAGAAGGACUUAAAGUUCGAACCACUGGAGGAGGAAGUAUUGGAGGGAAAUGCCAAAUCUCACAUUUUUAUUGUGCAGCGACAGAUGUCUAUACUGGAAGAAGAGCUGGAGGAAUUCCGUUUAGCUUUGAGACAGUAUGUGGUGUCUGCAACCACACAAACAGGAUGCUUGCAUAUUUCUGUGCAGAAACUAUCAAACGAAUCCCGUUUUAUAAUUUAUGAAUUCUGGGAAAACACCAGUCUCUGGAAAAUGCACAUCCAGACCAACGACAGCAAAACCUUCCAGAGGAGUAAUGUGGAUUUCUUGGACACUCCGGAGCUAAUAACAACAAUGCUUGUACCUGCUUCAUGGUGGAUUCUAAAUAACAACUGAAACUGGCCUCCACUGUUGGAGAAAGUUUAUGUUGCAUGAAUUUUCAUGUAAACCAUCUAUAAAAUAACUCAAUGUGCUACAGUGUUAAGAUUAUUAAAAUCCAAACAUGUGAAAAAUGUUACAAAUCACUUACAUAAUAAAUAAUGAAUAACUGCAAAUAAUAUGCCAUAGUUGAUGAAUUGUCAACUUACAGGCAAGUGUGUAAUUCAUAGACAGCUCAAAUGUAUUAGUGCUAUAUACCCUGUAAAACAGUGACUUAUUUUCUGUAGUGCACUAUUUCAGUUAUCUGAGAUAUUGUGUUAACAAAAUCCAUUAUAAAAUGUUUAAUGAAAAUUUUAAAAUGGGAAAUAUGUUCCUUGUCAUUCAGUCUUGAGGGCAGAUCUGUUAUUAAUUCCUUUCUAUAUUACACAAUUUCUCUGAGUUUGAUAAAGCUUCCCAGCAAGGAUUUAGUAAUGGUAAUGUAAUUUCACCUUUCUUAACUUUGGUUGUUGUUUGACAUCAGUUCCAGUUUAUCUUCAGCAUCCAUUCAACAGUGUCAUCAAGCAAGCUGAGCAGCCAAUGACACUGAAGAUUCCCUAGAGAGAGCAAUUUGUAGUGUGUUUGUACAUUUUAUAGAAUAUGAAAUAAAGACUGGAGCAUACAUAAGAUUAAGGAAAAAGUGAAAUGUCAUGAAAAAUUAAACUAAUAUAUAGAUACUGAAUUAUGAAACAGUCCUCUGAUGGAAUGGCUUUCUCAACAUUUAAUGGGACUGGAGAGAUAUUUCAACAAUAAUUAUAGAAUAGCAUACUAUUAUAUACUCAAUUUAAAAUGUGUAAUUUCUUCAGGAUUAUUUUAAUUGAGAAUAAUUCAUAAAUAACUUAGCUCUUAGCAGUUUACUAAUUUCUGAAGACUCUGGAGAAGGAUCUAAAAUAUUAUCUCUGAAGAAGAAUGGCGAAUCACUGAGGAUGUUCAUUCCUGGCAUUGCUCCCAUAUUAACCAUUAAAUUUGUAAGUGCUGAUAAUGUCAGCAUUAUUUGCAUUGUAAACUCCUGGCCAAGGUCCUUUCUAAGUACAAAAGUUCAGCAGUGUAUUAUUGUAAAUACUGAAUAGAUAUAAUUUAGGCUGACAUGGUAUAUCUUUAAUCCAAGCCAUAUAAGCUAAAAUUAUUAACCUACUUGUCCUGAUAUUAUAUAAUAUAAUUUCUGUAAAAGUUUUUCUUAUGACUCUGAAGAAAUAGAUUAAAAAGGGAAAAAAAUCUGGCUGCUAAGUCAGUAAUCAGUGAGAAUAUGAAUGGAAGUUGUUUGCAGUUAUUUAAUUUUGCUGAGCGUGAUGGUCAUUUUACUAUUAUCCCAAUUUAAAAUGACUUCUGCUGUGGAUUCUGUGGAAUGAAUGAUAAAUCAUACUGCUGCCAUUUUAACUUUGUCAAGCAAAAAUAACUGUAAUUGCUGAUUAAUGUCUAUUCAUUACAAACACAUUAAAUCUUGUGUUCUAAAUUGUUCCAAGUUUUUUCUUGUACCUGAGAACCUUGUUAGUUAACUUGUAUAUUACAAGUGUUUGGUGAUGGAGAAACAAAGCUGGUGAGCAUUGCUACCAUGAAUGAAUAAGUCACACCUCCUCUAAGGAAAAAUGUAUGCCAAAAUGAACUUGCCAAAUGUGAAUCAUUGAGAAAAAGGGUCUAGUGCUUUCCCGGCGCAUAUGAUGAAUAAAUUCUUCUCGGGCUUCCAGCCAAAUACAAAUAUAGAUUUUAACUGAUGUUUCGAUGACAAACUCUGCCAGAUUGCAUCGGUUACAAUUGAUACCUGUACUCGGCUAGAAGUCCAGGUAGAGUUUAUUUGUUUGGAUCAUUGAGACUUCAUAAAAAUAUUUUGUGGUAUUUAUAAGGUUCCUAGCACAAUAUAUAGUGCUAUAAUGCCCAGGUAGAGUGAAGUAGUAAUUAUAAGCAAUAAAUAUUGUUGAAGAGUACUAUUAUACCUUUCCUAACAAGUAAUUGCAUUGCAACAUCCAACUACUGUAAACUAAUAAGAAUUUAUAGCGCAAUUAGUUUAUUGCCAAGUUGUUCACUAAGAAUGAAGAAUUUCCUGCCUUUGAUUCUAAACUUAGUCUUUUCAACCCCAUUUUCACUAAUUGGUGCCCUGUUAAUGCUAAUGACUAAUGAUUGAAUCACACACCUGUUUCUUCAUAAUUUAAUUAUGAAACACUAGGAAUCAAUUACCUUGGGUCUUGUUUGCUUCACCUAUAGGCACUGAAUGUUUUUAGUGACCAAAACUGGAAAUGAAAUUGAGUGUAUUAGCCCCUUACAAGUGACUUAUAGUGAUUUAUCACCUAUAUUCUGGUCGCAUUUAACACCCACCUCUCCCCCACGCCCCCCCCCCCCUCCACCGGGUUGGCUGGUCCACAAGAAUAUUGUCAAUAUUAAACCGGUCCGCGGUGCAAAAAAGGUUGGGGACCCCUGAUUUAAACUAGCUGGCUGCCAAGGAGCUACGCUAUUGAUGUCCUACAUGAUGAGGCCAAACUCCCUGCAGAC